CUGCUGAUACGAUAAAGAUGAAGGUGUCUCCUGCGCGAGACUGUCAUGUCCAUCAGUUCAAUAUGAUGUGUUAUUGUGAGGGGAGGGAGUUGUAGACGCAAAAUCUCCUUCUCCAUCAAUGAUCUCACUCACAGCACGGAGCACUCCCAAAUUUGAAGUUGGUCAUUCGCCGGUCUCGCCCCUGCGAAAGGACACAGAGUCCUUUUCUGUUCUAUCCACUCACCACCCACCCACGCUCUUUUUCUGCCGCAUGGAUGCCUGACUCCAUUGCCGAACCAUAUACAAUCCCGAUCUUUUACGCUCGCUCCCAUCCCACCGAACAUCCCAUCCUUCCAGUCCACAGCGCCGGCCCAAACAAUACAAGGCAAUCCCAAGAAAUCGAACUAAACGAAUACCAGUCGGAGAAACCACAUCACAACGGUGCACCUCGACCCAGAACCCGAUCAAUAGACCAUAAGGAAAGCGAGGAAGAGAGUGAAGAGGCAGAGGAAGAGGGAGACUCCGAGACUGACACAUCUGAAAAAGACCACCUUGUGGUUGCGGAAGGUUCUGAAUCACCUAUGCAACGCAGGAAGUCCAAGAAGAGCAAAGACAAGAGAUCGUCAUCUCGACCAGAUCUUCGCAUUGAGAUCGAUCAGAACGGCCACGCGAAUGGCCACGCAAACGGCGACAUGAAUUCCCAUAUUGAGAUGAGACGCAAACACGUCUCGAGCGACGACCCCACGACGAAUACCACCAGACUUAUGAGCAGAAAUGACUUUUCACUGGACUAUGAACCGCCGCCCCCUCAAACGCCGCAGACCCCUGGUAUGGUCAAUACCAGCUUCGUCGACCUCCCCCCGAAAGACAAGAAAAACUUCCUUCUUCUCUGCCUCCUUUAUUUCCUCCAAGGCAUCCCCAUGGGCCUGGCUUCGGGUUCAGUCCCGUUUCUGUUAAAAAGCUAUCUUUCGUAUGGUCAGAUUGGUAUCUUCUCUCUGGCCAUAUAUCCUUACUCAUUGAAGCUGUUAUGGAGUCCAAUUGUGGAUGCAGUUUGGAGCAGGAGGUUUGGACGGAGAAAGAGUUGGAUCACCCCUAUUCAAACUAUCUCCGGACUGUCCAUGAUUUACCUCGGAGGCAGAAUUGACGAGAUGAUGAAAGCUACAGGCGACAAUGAUGGAGCUGGGGUUUGGGACUUUACCGGCUGGUGGUUCCUUCUGGUCUUCAUGUGCGCUACUCAAGACAUUGCAGUGGACGGAUGGGCAAUUUCACUUCUCUCGAUCCAGAACAUCUCGUAUGCCUCAACUGCGCAGACUGUCGGCUUGACUGCUGGCUCUUUCUUGUCGCACACCGUUUUCCUCGCGCUACAGGCGCCAGAUUUCGCCAACAGAUGGUUUAGGACUGUGCCCAAGGAGUACGGCCUCUUUACGCUCGGCGGCUACAUGACCUUUUGGGGCUGGGUUUACCUCAUCGUAACAGUGGGUUUAGCCAUCUUGAAACGAGAAGAGAAGAACAAUGAGCGUGAGGGAAUUAUGGACGUCUACCGAACCAUGUGGGCGGUGCUGAAACUCCCCAAUGUCGUCACAAUCAUCAUCGUUCACCUUGUCAGCAAACUCGGCUUUGUGACCAACGAUGCAGUCACGAACCUCAAGCUCCUCGACAAGGGCUUCGGACAAGCAAAUAUGGCCUUGGUUGUACUCAUUGAUUUCCCAUUUGAACUGGGCUUGGGAUACUAUGCCGGGAAAUGGUCCACAGAGUACACACCGUUAAAGGUAUGGUGUUGGGCCUAUGCCGCCAGGCUUCUCACGGCUGUCUUUGGGCAGAUUACGAUUAUGAUCUAUCCAACCGCGCCCGACGAGGCUGUCCCGGUGUGGUACAUGCUGGUGGUGAUUUUUGCACAUGUUUCGUCCACCUUUAUGAAUACGGUCAUGUUUGUUGCUUCGGCGGCGUUUCACGCCCGAAUUGCUGACCCGACGAUCGGUGGAACAUAUAUGACAUUAUUGGCUACUGUCUCGAAUCUCGGCGGAACGUUCCCGAAAUUCUUCAUCCUCAAAUUCGUCGACCUCUUUACAAAAGCGACCUGCAUUCCACCGGCCGACCCCGACAGCUUCCUCAAAUCUCAUCCAGACGCCACGCUUGUCACCAGCAGCUUCAGUUGUGCUCUUGAAGCAGACAAGAAUGUGUGCUUGAAGGGAGGUGGGACCUGCCUCAUGCAACGUGAUGGAUAUUAUAUCACAAAUGUCAUUUUUGUGAUCAUUGGGGCGGUAUUAUUUUGGACUUAUGUAGAGAGGAAGGCCCUUGCGCUGCAAGCGUUACCGUUACGAGCGUGGCGAGUAGGGGAUCACUCAUACCGCCGUGUGCCGUCGGGUUGAUCUGUUUUAUUUCCAUUCGUGAUGUCGUUUAUACAGAGAUGAUACCCAUAGAACAGAAAAGUUUCUGACAAAUUCAGGGAAUUAAACCGUUUGGAACA